UUCCUUCGCUUCAAACCAACGCAUCCCCAAAACACAAAUCGCAGAAAUCUCAAAGAGCCAAAAAACACCAGAGACAGCUUUUCACCUAGCAAACGCAACCAUGGCGGCAACAGUGUCGUCUCCUUGGGCCAAGCCCGGCGCGUGGGCCCUCGACGCCGAAGAGCACGAAGCCGAGCUGGAACAACAACAGACCAAGAUGGAAACGCAGCAGCCCCUCGCCGACUUCCCCUCUCUCUCCGCCGCCGCCGCGAAGCCGAAGAAGAAGAACAAGGGCCAGAAGGUCAGCCUCGCCGAGUUCUCCACCUUCGGCGGGCCCAAGCCCGCCGAGCCCGUGGGCCUGACCCACGAGGAUCGGUUGGUUCUCCCGACCGGCCCGCGCGAGCGGACCGCCGAGGAGCUCGAACGGAACCGGAUUGGCGGCGGGUUCAAGAGCUACGGCGGCGAUCGGGGGAACCGCGAGGAUUCGAGUUCGAAGUGGGGGAGUCAGAGGAGGGAAGGAGGAGGAGGGUUUGGGGGGAAAGAAGGAGGAGAGAGAGAUGGGCCGUCGCGGGCGGAUGAGGCCGACGACUGGGGCGCCGGGAAGAAAUCGGCGGCGGGGAAUGGGUUUGAGAGGAGGGAGAAAGGAGGGUUCUUUGGGUCCCAGUCGAAGGCGGAUGAAUCUGACAGCUGGGUCUCGAACAAGAGCUCGUUUUCGUCGGAGGGAAGGAGAUACGGCGGCUCCGGCGGUGGGUUUGAGCGGGAGAGGAAGGUUGGGUUUGCAUCGAAUGGCGGCGGUGCUGAUUCGGAGAGCUGGGGGAGGAAGAGGGAGGAGAGUAACGGUGGGGGUGGGUUUGAAAGGGAGAGGAAGGUAGGGUUAGGGUUCAAUUCGAACGGUGGCGGUGCGGAUUCGGAGAGUUGGGGAAGGAAGAGGGAGGAGAGUAAUGGUGGGAUGGAGAGUACUGGGAGGCCGAGGCUCAAUUUGCAGCCGAGGACAUUGCCUGUUACUCUGCCUGUUGUGAGCAAUGAAACCUCUCCGGUGGCGGUGCCUGAGGAUGUGGCGGCAGCACCAAGGCCCAGGGGUUCGAACCCGUUUGGGGCCGCCAGGCCGAGAGAGGAGGUUUUGGCAGAGAAGGGGCAGGAUUGGAAGAAGAUUGACGAGCAGCUUGAGUCUGUGAAACUUAAGGAGAAGGAGGCUGUGGCUGCCGAAGGGGAGUCUUUUGGGAAGAGGAGUUUUGGGAUGGGAAAUGGGCGCUCUGGUGACCGCACCGUGGGAGCUUGGAGGAAACCUGUUGUGGCUGAGGCGGAGGCUGAGGCUGAGGCUCGUCCUCAGAGUGCUGGAAACGAUGAGAGUAGGAGCAGCAAUUCUGAGGAACCAGAACCGGAGAAUGAGAAUGUUAAUGAGAACUGAAGAGGAGCUUAGAAAUAUGAUGUUAGAGGGAACAAGUCCCAAGUUGCUUGAUCUGCUGAUUCCAUGAGGCUGUUGAUUUUUCAGUUUCUUUUUUAUAUUUAUGCUAUGUCGCUAAUGCUAUACAUUCAACUUAAAAACAGUUUUUUUGGUAGGUUUUCAAGUAUACUAGUUUUGCCUAUAGGACUUUGUUUUGUAUGUUGUAUUGAGAUUGAGAAACACUGUGACUCUGAUAAUUAUUUUUGAUCGUUAAGUUAACGUGGAAUUGUGGUAUGUUCGUUGGAUAA